UCUUCAUCUCCAAAAUCUUCCAAAUCCUCAUCAACCUCUUCUUUAUUAAAAAUAAAUUCGCAAUCUGACAGCAAUACAAUCUCUUCAUCUUCCUUUUGUUGGCCUCUUGUACGGCUAAAUUAUAAACGUUCAAAUUCUGUGCUGAAUUCUCGUCAAAAUAAUCCUUCCAAUUCAAAACCACAUUAUCCUUUACUCGUAAAACUUUUUUCAAUUUCACAAGAAAACUCUUCUUCAUCCCCCAAUUCUCAUCUUGCUUUAAUUACGCAAAACAACAUUUCCCAUCAAAUUAAUAAUUGUCACAAAUCUUCUCCAAAAGCAAAUAAAGGCCUACAAUCUAUCAAAGUUCAAAAGAAGAGAAGAAACUUUAAUGAUUCAGAAAAUGCCAAAAACAGUCCUGUUCAAAGAAGAUGGAUAAAGAAGAUUACAAUUCCCGAUGUUCUUUUAAUUUUGCUACUUCAAUUCAUUUGGAUUUUGCCAUUGCAAACUAUCUAGAACGUUGCUUACUUCCUCUUCGAAUUUAUUGCUACACCGAUCCUGAUCUUUUAGCUGUUCGUCGAGCUUUAAGAUCCUCAACUGAAGAUUGUGCUGCCUACUUUUUUGCACAGAAUAAUGGGAAAGACAAUGAACGUUUUAUCGACAACGCCGGUGAUCGUGACAUACAAAAUGGUUUUUCAUUUUGCAAUUCGAACAAAUCGAUUAGCACUUUACUUCAUCCAUGGCGAAGCAAUUUGGACGAUCCGAACUUGAAGAGAGUUGUUGUGAUUCGAACAGCUCCUCGCGCUUUAGAAUACCGCAAAUUUAUACGAGCCUCAUGGAAAACAGCAGUAGAACAACACAGUGAUGGUCCUGUUAUUUUUGUAACGGGUCGAGACGUAACUGAAUUGUCUUCAGAGAGUAGAGAACAUGGCGACAUUCUUCAAAUGGAUUUUGAAGACUCCUACAGGAAUUUAUCUACUAAAAUGAUGGGAAUUUAUAGUUAUUUUACUGCUCACGCAAAUAUUCAACAAAUUGUGGUUAUUAACGAUGAUACAAUUGUGAAUGCUACAGCAUUGAAUGUUUUAUUUCAUCAGAUUGAACACUGGCAAAAUACUUCAACUUCCCCUGAUGAUAAACGCUAUUUGAUUGGAAAAGUUUCUCGUGGAUAUCCUCGGCUGGUUUUUCCAUGGUUGCCUUGGUAUGUCUCUGCUGAACAAUAUCCUCACAAAUGCUAUCCACCGUUUGUUCAAGGUUCAAGUUUUAUCAUUUCCCGCGAUGCUGCUGUAGACAUUCUUCAACGUAUUUGUGAUUUUCCAUGGAGGCAUGUUCACUUGGAUGAUGUUCAAAUGGGAAUUGUUACAAAAUGUUUGGGAAUAAAUAAUUUUCAUCGAGAAGGGUUUUUUAAAUUCUAUCUGAAAUAA